AUGGGCGUUAUUACCGGGAUCAGGCAGGUCACUCGCCCAUAUAGCUUACAAUAUGGGGCAGGAUCGGCGUUAGACAGUAGUGGUUCCGUCAGUGAUUCUCUACGAAACUUGGUUAUGCACCAUGCUGAUACACACACUUUCUUAAAAUUCUACCUUAGUCGAAGGAUCUCCAAAAAUUUGCCCGCGAUAAUUCGCGGCCUCGAUCCAGAAGAAGAUAUCAUACGUGCGGCUUACCGGAUAAGCCAUACUAUCGAUCCAGAUCGCCCACAGUGGUUGACAACCGAGCAAUCCACAUCUAUCAACCGACUUCCAGAGAUCGAGGCUUUGAUAAAUCAGCAGGACAAGAUCAGCCGCUCCCUCGAGCGCCCGCUAUCAAAGCAUAAAGGAACACUAACAUAUAAAAAUUACAGAAAACUCAACCGGGAAUUAACAGGGGCCAAGAAGCGUACGCAGGACGCUCUCCUCUUACAAACACAGAACAAAUACGAUAGAGAGCAGCCUAUACUAGAGAUAAAGCGCCAACUUUCCGGAAUUGAGCCGGUUAAAUCCAUAAGGAAACCUUUGGAAUGCUCUACUGAAGUCCCAGCCUUACAGCAACGCCUCAUAAAGAGCCUUCUCACUUUACCUCGGGCGACUUUAGAAGAGGAGAUGGCUCGGAGGACAGAAGCUAUUGAUGCCGUGGCUAAUUAUUAUCAUUUUGAGGAGGGGGACACCUGUCGCUUGCCACGAAACAAACGUAUAGAAGACAGAAAGUCCGAGAGUCAAACUUUUGACGAACAAAGCCUAGAGAGCAAGAGCGAGGGAGAUGUCUCUCAACCCGAAAUCUAUCCACCUGAAACACCCUUUGAAUCUGCGUUUCGAUCCGUCAUGAAGGAUCACCGACCUCUAUUCUACUUUAUAUGCUUGGGUCAACAAGGGUUAGAUAUCACGAGGCGCGUUCAGAAAUUCCACUCACAUGCCGAUGUGACAAAACAUAUUAAGCGGAAACAUUUGAAAAAGCUCGUUUCAAACACAGUCGUAACAUGCAAUGUUUGUGAUGAGAAGUUUUCCGAGCCCAUAUAUUUUCAGCGACACGCAUUUAAUCUUCACAGGACUUUGACAGGUCCUUUAGUUCAGCUAAACAACUGCGCUGCUACGUGA